AUGGGCAACGGCAGCUGGGAGGGCUGCCACGUGGACUCGCGCAUGGACCACCUCUUCCCGCCUUCCCUCUACAUCUUCGUCAUCGGCGUGGGGCUGCCCACCAACUGCCUGGCGCUGUGGGCCGCCUGCCGCCAGGUGCGCCAGCGCAACGAGCUGGGCGUGUACCUCAUGAACCUGAGCAUCGCCGACCUGCUGUACAUCUGCACGCUGCCGCUCUGGGUGGACUACUUCCUGCACCACGACAACUGGAUCCACGGGCCCGGCUCGUGCAAGCUCUUCGGCUUCAUCUUCUACACCAACAUCUACAUCAGCAUCGCCUUCCUGUGCUGCAUCUCGGUGGACCGCUACCUGGCCGUGGCGCACCCGCUGCGCUUCGCCCGCCUGCGCCGCGUCAAGACGGCCGUGGCCGUGAGCUCCGUGGUCUGGGCCACCGAGCUGGGCGCCAACUCGGCGCCGCUCUUCCAUGACGAGCUGUUCCGCGACCGCUACAACCACACCUUCUGCUUCGAGAAGUUCCCCAUGGAGAGCUGGGUGGCCUGGAUGAACCUGUACCGCGUCUUCGUGGGCUUCCUGUGCCCCUGGGCGCUCAUGCUGCUGUGCUACCGCGGCAUCCUGCGCGCCGUGCGCGGCAGCGUGUCCACCGAGCGCCAGGAGAAGACCAAGAUCAAGCGGCUGGCGCUCAGCCUCAUCGCCAUCGUGCUGGUGUGCUUCGCGCCCUACCACGUGCUGCUGCUGUCCCGCAGCGCCGCGCACCUGGGCCGGCCCUGGGACUGCGGCUUGGAGGAGCGCGUGUUCCCCGCCUACCACAGCUCGCUGGCCUUCACCAGCCUCAACUGCGUGGCCGACCCCAUCCUCUACUGCCUGGUCAACGAGGGCACCCGCAGCGACGUGGCCAGGGCCCUGCACGACCUGCUGCGCUUCCUGGCCAGCGACAAGCCCCAGGAGAUGGCCAGCGCCUCCCUCACCCUGGAGACCCCGCUCACGUCCAAGAGGAGCCACGUGGCGGCGGCCAAGGUCGUGGCAGCCGGCUGGGCGGUGGCGCCGACCUCCCAGGAGGAGCAGGUGCAGCUGAAGAUGCUGCCGCCGCCGGUGGCACAGUGA